GUAUACACGACGUUGGAUGGUAGACAUUCAUUCAGAGAAGGAUAACAAAGUGCUAAUAAACAUGGAUUGUUUAUUGGAGGAUCCACGGGCUUCAUCAAAAUUUGGUUGAAACUUUUGUUUGCAACAUGGGAACUUAAAAGAGACUUUGUUGAGUUCCCAAUAUUCACCUAGUGCUAGUGUCCUUCAAAGAGGAUUAGAAACUGCUCUGUUCAACGGUGAAACAUUUGUGCUGUAAUGCCAGAACGAAUCAAACUCAAAAUGAAUGGGGUUGUACCAAGUGUGCCAAUAACUACCCUCGCUGGUAUCGCGAGCCUCACAGACUUGCUACCUGAAAUGCCUCUACCGACUCCGCUGCCACAGACACUGACUAACAAGUCGCUACUGUUUCAUCCACGAGUAGCGGAGGAGGCACAAAUAUUGCUAAGUGUCCGUGAUGAGAAUCUCGUGCCGCAGCUGAUAAUGUCACUGUCGCAGACAUCGUCGGAUCACAUUGAACUCAAGGAUAAUUAUCCGAAUACCGAACAAUCGCUGGAAAAUGAGCAAGACACGCCUGAAUUGCUCAAGGCGAUCUUGCAGAUAAAUCCUGACGUAUUCAGAGGAACCCAGCAUAAUUCUCCAAGAAACUGGACGCAAGGUGUGCCUAUGUUGCACGCUAAUCAAUCGCCGGCGAGUUAUGGUCAUUUCUCGCCGUCCUACUCGAGCUCUUCGGGCUCCAGGCAAACGCCCCAAGGUAGUCCGGCUCAUUCCGCAGCAGCCAGGUCCGUACUUCCGCCGCCGAUGGUCAGCGUCAUUACUCACGCGCAACAUCCACGGAUGCCGAUUACUCCACAGAAUCAUGCAGAUAUUUCGCAGAUGUCUCCCUUCGCCGUGCCUUCUCCAUCGCCCAGAGGCACCGUUAUAACCGAACAAACGAGAACGUUGACUACGCCUCAGCACAUGCAAGAGGACGCAAACUGUAUAAAUCCUUUAUCAAACGUAACCCUUCAACCGAACAUGUACUCGCCGGCUCACAUGAACUCUCCCAAUGCACCACUGGCAUCUCUCACCAAUAUGACACCUCAGCAUAACAUGGCUGGUAUGACACCGCAACACAAUAUGCACAUGACAUCUCCAAUGCGUAACGUGCCUCUGCAACAACAUCAGGCCAUGAGUAUGCAGCAAAAUCUUUAUGAUCCUAUGAUAAAUCAACAAGUCCAUCAUGCAUUAGGCGGCAGUCAAUCGUUGGACAUUGAUAAUUCAGUACAGGAGAAUCAGCAGUUCCUUCUUGACCCGGUAACCGGACUUGCCGAUAUUGAUUUGCCGAUGGACAAUAUCGAUCCGAAGCAAAGCGUCGAUCAUACGAUACAACAUUUAUUAUCGACUUCUCAGACCACGUCCUAUCCGAAUGUACACGCCACUGAUAUGGUUAAUGCUUUAGAUCCAGCUGCAACUAGCAUGGCACCCAAUAUACAGCAACAUCAACAAAACAAUAACUCAGAGAAGAGUAUGAAACUUGCAGGAACAGAAAAACUGAAGGAGCCCAUUGUUAUGUUAAAUAGAUUAUCGUUGGCUGAUCAGGCGCUUAUGCAGAAGAGUCUGGCGGCGUUUGCAGAGAAAUCGCCGAGUCGCGCGGCGAAAAUGGGCAUUUCCAAUCGUGAGGACGCAUCAAAAACUGAUUCCGAGAGCGAGGAGGAAAUCGGUAAGAACAAUAAGUAUUUUAAAGCUCGCGCGAAAGAGCGGCAGGUGCAACGAGAGAAAGAGAAAGCGGAGCGGCGGAAAAGCGAUGACAGAAGCCGCAGGCUUUUCCAUCGAAAUCCAUUAUUCGCCAGGAAAAGGAUACUGAACGAGGAACACGACGAGGAAGAUGAUAAACGAGAUACAUCGUAUUCGCCCACAAAACCAAAAAUACGCAAGAUUGAGAAGAAAUUAGUGCCUGUGUUAGCCAAAUUGAGCGUGGAGGAAUUAAUGGAGACCAAUACUUAUCAACGAUUUAACUCUACCAUAGAGACGAUUUUUGAGAAUACUGAAGAUUUUAUGACAAACGUCGAGAUGGAGGAUGAUGGUGAAGUGCUUGCGGAAAUGCUUAUUCCCAAGUAUCAAUUGCAUGAUCUUUGUACAGAAGCAGCCAAACUCAAAACAUUGGGUGCUAUGGAGUCAAUACCUACAGAUAAAUUGAUAAGGCUGUUGAACAUCUUGGAAAAGAACAUACGAGACGGAGCGAGAGUGUCACCACUCGUGGAUCCAGAUGAUGACGUCGAAGAAGGACGGCUAUGGAUGCAAUUGGCGAUGGAACGGGUGCAGCGUGCCGUGGAUGCGUCAUUGAUCGCGCUGCACAUUAUGACCUCUAGCAACAUGCCGAAGACAGUCUACUUGGAAGAUGUGAUUGACCGAAUAGUUCUUUUCAUGAAGUUUCAGUUACAGAACACGAUUUAUCCCUCUUUUGAUCCCGUAUAUAAAAUAGAUACGAAGAACAAGGCUGACAAUUAUAAUUCUGUACGGAAAAGACGAUUUCAUACGAAGGAAGUACGCGAAAAGAACAUUCUGCAGGUUUACAACAAGAUGCAUGAACUGGUAGGUCUUUUGGCUGAGCUAUUAAAUAUACAGGUUCUAACAGACACGAGUGUUCUGCAUGCAUCAUCGUUAGGUGUUGCACCGUUUUUCGUUGAAUCGGUAAGCGAUCUUCAGUUGAGCGCAUUGAAACUCGUUACUGUAAUAUUCACAAAGUACGAGAAACAUAGGAGAUUAUUAUUGGAUGACAUCUUGGCGUCAAUUGCGAGACUACCCAGCAGCAAAAGGAGUUUACGCACGUAUAGGCUCAACUCUGAGGAUUACAUACAGAUGUUGACUGCGUUGGUCCUGCAGCUUAUCCAGUGCGUGGUAGUUCUAUCAGAUUCCAAAUCGAAGGAGGACGAUGAGAAAAGAUCCAGUCAUGUAGACGCUGACGUCCUUAUCAUCAAUAGAUAUGAGACUGCCACCAGAAUAGCUGGGAAUUUUUUAACGGUAUUUCUCAACAAAUGCGGUAAUAAGGGUGAGGAGAUUGAUUAUAGACCAUUGUUUGAGAAUUUCGUUCAAGAUUUAUUAGCGACGGUGAAUAAACCUGAGUGGCCUGCUGCCGAAUUGCUAUUGAGUCUUCUCGGAAACCUAUUAGUUGGACAUUUUUCUAAUAAGAGCUCUGAUAUGUCACUUCGUGUAGCCUCCAUCGAUUAUCUUGGCGUGGUAGCGGCUAGGUUACGUAAGGAUGCUGUCAGUUCACAUUGCAAAUUAUCAACUAUUGAUCAAAUUAUACGAGACAUCAAGCUCGAGCAACAAAAGGACUCGGAUUACGAUCAGAUAAAGGACAAAGAUAUUGUAGGAUUGAGUGAGGACGAAGAGAGGACCGUGUUUUUGCAGAAAGUACUUCUGGAUUAUCUGGCCGUCAAUGGGACGAAGGAUUCGGCUCUUGGAUACGCGCGUUACUUCUAUCUGGCCCAAUGGUAUCGGGAUUGCGCGAUGGAGAAAUCCCGAGUGGGUCAGCCGAAAAACAGUCCAAGCAAGAAGAUAAACAAGAAACGGACAAAGAAGAAAAAUCGGCAUCAUAGCAGCGAUCAGGACACCGAGUCAGAAUUGGAUGAGCAAGAUCCAGACGAGAACGACAAUAACGAGCAGAAAAAUUCGGAAGCUUAUCGAAUUAUAGAAGAGAAGAAAAAGUACAUUAUCAGUAGAAUAAGAUUAAGUAGUACAGGAACGAAACCGGACAUUCUUCAGACAUACAUUGAUUAUAAUUCCGCGGAACUAAUCUCGCAGUAUCUCGCAUCCAAGAGACCAUUCUCGCAGAGUUUCGAUAAAUAUUUAAAACAGAUUCUUCAUGUACUGACGGAAUCAUCAAUUGCUAUUAGAACCAAGGCAAUGAAGUGCCUCACGAUGAUUGUCGAGGCUGAUUCGAGCGUGCUAGCAAGAGUGGACAUGCAGCUAGGUGUGAAGCACUCAUUCCUCGAUCAUUCAACGUCAGUGCGAGAAGCAGCGGUUGACUUGGUAGGAAAAUUUGUUUUGAGUAGACCAGAACUGAUUGAUAAAUAUUAUGACAUGCUGUCAGCAAGAAUUUUGGAUACUGGCGUGAGCGUCCGAAAGCGUGUUAUCAAGAUUCUCAAAGAUAUCUGCAUGGAGUGUCCAGAUUUCCCGAAAAUCCCGGAAAUAUGCGUGAAGAUGAUAAGGAGAGUGAACGACGAGGAGGGCAUUCGGAAACUCGUCAUGGAAGUUUUCCAAAACAUGUGGUUUACUCCAGUAAGUGAGCGUCCUUCUCUUGACACAGAAUCGCUGUUGAGGAAAGUAAUGAAUAUCACGGACGUUGUAGCAACUAGCAAGGAUAUGGGACUUGAGUGGUUUGAGCAGCUUUUGGUAAGUUUGUUUAAGCCGAAGGAGGAUAAGGAUGAUAGCACAAAAAUGCAGACAGAGCCGCCACGAGCUUUGUUGACUGCGUGCAAGCAGAUCGUGGACUGCCUGAUCGAGAACGUAUUACGGUUAGAAGAGACAAAUCUAGACUCGGAGAAAUCAGAAAAGAAAGGCUCGUCACAGAGAUUGGUUGCGUGCCUGACAACGCUUCAUCUGUUCGCGAAGAUCCGGCCUCGAUUACUGGUCAAUCAUGCGAUCACUCUACAGCCUUAUCUGAGUUUAAAAUGUCAAACACAGGGCGAUUAUCAGAUCAUCAGCAGUGUUGCACACACGCUCGAAUUAGUGGUGCCUCUAAUGGAACAUCCUAGUGAAACUUUUUUGGCACAGUUAGAAGAAGAUUCAGUAAAAUUAAUCUUGCAGCAUGACAGAUCAGUGGUCGCAAGCUGUUUAUCAUGUCUAGGUUCUGUAGUUAAUAAUGUCACGCGGAACUACAAGCUGAUACGAGAUUGCUUUAAGAAAUACUAUGGACAUUUAACGGAGUACAAAUCGUUUUACGAAAAGGACCCAAGUAAUCCCAUGUUAAUAAGAUGCAGACCGUUUUUCCGACGAGCGCUCUUCACGGUCGGCUUAUUGCUGCGUCAUUUUAACUUUAUGGAUCCAGAGGUGAUAGAAGGCUUGGCAGAUAACAUCAAGGAUCAAGUCUUCGAGACACUUAGUUAUUUCGUUCACUUGGAUAAUGAUGAUAUUCGACACUUUACGCUAUCGGCCAUUGGUUCUCUCUGCAUACGACAUUAUGAAUUUAUGAUGUUACCGGAAUUGAAAGAACUCUACCAUAACUUGCUCACAUCGGAGUAUGCACUGGUUCAUAUGAGAAUUCAAGUGCUUAAUAAUAUUGAAGUAUAUCUGCAAGAAGAGGAGAAGAGGAUGAUCAAGCAGGAUUUAGAGUGGGCAAAGUUGUCUAAACAGGAGAAUUUGAAGGAAAUGGGUGACGUAUCGUCGGGUAUGGCGAGCACUGUUAUUCAACUCUAUAUUAAAGAGAUCCUUGAGUCUUUUCUGCACGCCAACGUGAGCGUACGACAUGCGGCUCUCAAAGUUAUUCAGUUGAUCCUGGCGCAGGGUCUGGUACAUCCCGUCCAGAUAGUACCCUAUUUGAUCUGCAUGAGCACCGACUGCGAAAAAAUUGUAAGCCACAGCGCGGAUAAACAGUUACAGGAUAUCGAAAAGAAAUACCCAGGCUUCAUUCACAUGAAAUCGCAAUUUGGCAUCAAAUUGAGCUACCGGUUGCAGCAAAUUCUACAGAACAGCAUUACGAGAGGUAUGCGAACGAAGGAAGGUGAAUUUCCAGGCGCGCUCAACGGUUUUCUCUAUACAAUUUUGCGCAACACGAAACAGCAAAGGCGAGCGAUCGUGUUGUCUUUUCUCAAGCACUUCGACGAGACUGCUAAAACUAGUCUAUCGCAGAUGCUAUACUUGGCGGACAAUCUCGCCUACUUUACAUAUCAAGUACAAGACCAUCACAUUGACAUUAUUAUUUCUAUGUCUGGAACAAAUCUAUUACAGUCUUUUAAAGAGGCUCUGCUGCCUAAAGAGAACAGUGCGGGACAAUCUGGACAAUCCAGGCAUAUGUUGGGGCAAUCGACAGGUCAGCUGACGGGACAAACGACGGUGAUGGGACCAGACGGUCAAUCACAUCAGUUGUUAUCGGCCUUGGAGGACGAAGAGGAUGAUGAAGAGGAUGAAGAAGCUAUUUUGGCCAGGUUACCAAACGAUACCACUUUGCUCAGGGAGUAUAUUACCGCCAGUCAAGGCUUUUUGCUUUUACUAACGCUUCGGCAACAUCUUAAAGAUCUUUAUGGUUUUUCCGAUGCGAAAAUCGGUCAAUAUUCACCAUCGGAAGCGGCCAAAGUCUAUGAAAAGACAGUAAAUCGCAAGAGCAAUCUACUUUUCGAACCCAAGGCUACGUUGUACAAGUUGCGGGAAGGUGUGACGAAUGUCAACAAGGAACUGGACGCGAAAGGCAGGAAGAAGCUCGUGAAAGAGUAUCUGGACUUCAAGCUACUGAUGCUUAAAUUUGAUCCCGAGGAACCAGACGACGAUGGCAACGAUGCUGCCGAUACUAGUGGCGGUGGAAAGCAUAGUGCAGAGAAUCCGCACAUGGCAAGGAUACCACAACAUCCCGAGGCUAGCGGCAACAGGACGAUAACGGACGGUGCCGUCAUGGGAGAUGCCGCCUCUCUGGUCAUCGCAGCUGGUCAGCAACAGUUUCAGUUACCGUUGCAAUCGAAUCUGACCGCUCCGAUGGAGCAUCCGAAUAAUUCGGUAAUUGUGUCGCCAACAGCGACGACGACAGUAGCAGCGACGACGCCGAGGGUGCCGAAGCUGACGAUACACACUAAUCCGGAAGCAAGGGAGUCACACCGGAAGCGGGAAUCACACCGCGCACACAAGACAGACAAGUCAGUAAGAAAGCACAAGAAGAAGAAGAGGAGAAGAAUCUCCGACAGCAGCGACAGCGGCGAUGACUGCAGUGACCCUGACUUCCUAGUGUGAGUGCGGUGGUAUCUUCGUCCUGUGUGUGUGUGUGUGUGUAUAUAAAUGUUCGUGAUGGUGUGUGCGUGUGAUCGGUCGGCUGGAAUAACUCUUGUUCUACAUAGCCAAAAUUCGGACGCUAUUUCAGCGCAAUAUUACCCCUUUCUCACGUCAACCAAAACGACUUUUUCCCCCCAGGUCAUCGAAGUUAUGAAACGACUUCGUAAACGGUUUCUGCGAAGGUACCGUUCCGUCAAGAAACUCCAUAGAGAGACUAUAUAUAACUGCUAUGUGGGAAUGCAUGUGUGCGAGAGAGAGAGGGGGGGAGGGAGAGGGAAACCAGAGAU